GAGAGAAAGAGAGAAGGCAGAGCAACUGUAGGAAAGCCUUCAGAACCAGGACCAGGAGAUCAGGACCAGGAGAACAGGACCAGGAGGUCAGGACCAGGAGAUCGGGAUCAGGACCAGGAGAUCAGGACCAGGAGAUCAGGACCAGGAGAUCAGGACCAGGAGAACAGGACCAGGAGGUCAGGACCAGAAGAUCGGGAACAGGACCAGGAGAUCAGGACCAGGAGAACAGGACCAGGAGGUCAGGACCAGGAGAACGGGAUCAGGACCAGGAGAUCGGGACCAGCCUGCUCCAGCAUGUCUGAGUCCAUGAGGAGGAAGAGCUCCAGCAGACAGCUGCUGCAGAACCUCAUCAGCGUGACGGCGGAGCGCAGCCAGGAGGACGCCGAGGAGGUGGAGCGGGAGAGGAGGAGGAGAGCCAGGGAGACGCAGAGAGGAGAGGGGGGGCCCUCCCGGCGGGAGCCCCCCCAGCACGACGAGCUCAGAGCACACGGCGCACAGUUGGACGAGGAGCUGAAGCCCAGGUGCAACCUGGUCCAGGAGGAGGACGAGGGCUUCAGCGACUGGAGCCACAAGUUGGAGAACCGCGGUGAGCAGGAGGUGCAAGAUGUCUCCAGGAGACCUUCAACCAGGCGCAAACCAGAGCCCGGAGAGGAGAAACAGCAGAAGGGUGAAGAAGAGGAGGAGAAAGAAGUGAAGGAGGGAUGCGAGCCAGAGAGGAGCAGUCGGUCCAAGGAAGCUUCCUCAAGACCUCCACAGAAGAUGACCUGCGCCAGAGAGGAGGUCAGGAUGUCCUACAGCUCCACGGUCUUCGUGUCCCAGGACGCCCGGCUGCAGCACACCGACAGGACGUCCUACCUGGUGGCGGGAACCAUGAGGCCUCGCAGAGGCGCCUGCAGGGUGGACGGGGAGGUGGAGCAGGAGGAGCAGAAGGAGGAGGUGCAGGCUGCUCUGCAGAGGGAGUCAGCAGAAACCCAACGGAGCUCCAGAGAUGAAGAAGAUCAUGAAGAUGAACUGAGCUUCAGGCGUGAAGAGGAGGAAUGCCUCUAUCUGCGAGGGGAGGAGGAGAAGGAGGAGCACAGGAUGUUAGACAAGAGCUGGAUGAAGAGCAGGAGGGGGGAGGAGGCCCGCAGGAGGAGCGAGGAGGCGAGGAGUGAGGAGACCAGAAAGAGUGAGGAGGCCAGCAGGCGGAGCGAGGAGGCGAGGAGUGAGGAGGCCCGCAGGAGGAGCGAGGAGGCGAGGAGUGAGGAGACCAGAAAGAGUGAGGAGGCCAGCAGGCGGAGCGAGGAGGCGAGGAGUGAGGAGGCCCGCAGGAGGAGUGAGGAGGCGAGGAGUGAGGAGACCAGAAAGAGUGAGGAGGCCAGCAGGAGGAGCGAGGAGGCGAGGAGUGAGGAGGCCCGCAGGAGAAGUGAGGAGGCGAGGAGUGAGGAGCCCUGCAGGAGGAGUGAUGAGACCAGAAAGAGUGAGGAGGCCAGCAGGAGGAGCGAGGAGGCGAGGAGUGAGGAGGCCAGCAGGAGAUCUGCAGCCUCCCUUUGCUGCAGCAGUGAUGGCGAGGAGUCGUUAAACUACGGCCCCAUGAGCCCCACGUUUAAGAAACUCCUGAUCCAGUUCUACCCGGACGAGGUGAACAGCAGGGUCUCAACAGACGGUAAAUGCUCGAUCAUGGAGAGGACCGAGUCUCUGAGGAAAAGCACCAGUCACAUCAAGAAGACUCCGUCACCGGUUGCCGUCUCGAAGAUUGACAAGAAGCUGGAGCUAUACGCACAAGCCCUCGAGGUCUCCUCAAAGGACGGCCGGCCGGGGGGUCAGGCGCCGACGGACCUGACGAGUCCCGCCGAGCCCGUCUCCUCCAGGAAGAGCCUGUUUGAGGCCGGAGACACCUGGAGACACGACGCCCCCCCGGGCGCCCCAUCGAAGGAUGCAGACGGAUUGAAAGUGGGUGUGGCUAAUCUCAUUAACCAGUGGGUGAGAGGAAGCGAAGGCGGGAGCAGGUGCAGCUCGCCAUGCAGACCAGCGGAGAACUCCUCCGGCAAAAGGUCCAAGUUCGUGGUGACGGGUCACGGAAAGUACGAGAAGGUUCCUGUGGAGGACUGCAGAGAGGAGGCCCCCUGCCCGCCAGGUGGACAUUUCUACGAGGAUCUGUGAAGCACAUGCUGGACUCUGAAGGUUGAAGAUUGUUGAUUAUGAACACGUCAAUGCUGCAGAAACCUCCACUCCUCACUUGAUCACUCUCUGCAUUUCAAGCUUUAUUUUGGAAAUUAAAUCCUCUUGUGAAACAUAUCACAUUUCUAAAAGUAGUGAAAAGACUUAUUCUUAUUCUUUUCAGUUCUUCAUUUUCUCAUGUGGACAAUAACCUCAGCAGUGGUAAAUCUUUUCUUAAUGAGAUAAUGAUUAAAGAUUUUGUCUUGA